AGUCGAGAGGAGUUCGCGGGACGAUUUCCGCUUCCGGUCGGAGAGCCGGCGUGAUGGAGUGUCGGACGCUUCAUUCCGCUUCCUUCACCGGAUCGGUCUGUCAUCCCGGUUGUGUCGACUGGUCCGACGACAACAAAUUAGUGGUAUGCGUGGAAAAAGGCGUCUACGUCAUGAGUGCAAAUCAUGUACCAUUUGAAUCCGACUGCCCCUUGGCAUUUCACCAGCAGGGAAUUUCCAUUUUUCAGGAGACAUUGAACUUUGAUGUUAAAGUCGACAGAGCAUCGCUGCAUUCAAAAUUAUCCAUGGAGGAUGAACAUUCGAUGAUGCUGGAUCACACACUUAGCCCCUUGACUGCCAAUGCGUCUCUCUUUCUCACCUUCAAGACUGCCCGUUGGUCGCCCGUCGGCAUUAUCGACGAAGGCUGUUGUAUUUUAGCAGUUUUAACCAUGGACCACCGGUUAAUAUUGUAUAGAGAAGUCGGAAAUAAAUGGACAUGUUUGAUAGAUUUGUCAACAAAAUUUUAUAAUCAACAUAAAGAAAUUUGGGAGAAAGAUAAACAAGAAGAAAAUGCAGAGACGAGAGACAUAUCGUUCAUGUUCCAACAGAUGAAAGAAAGGACAUAUAAACUUGCUGCUAUAACCAUGACGUGGACUCAGAAAUUUAGUUCCAUUGCCGCUUCUACCAGUGACGAAAAUAUAACAUUUUGCUUUUUGAUUGUUGCGAUGAAAAGCGGUCAUAUAAUAUUUUGGAAAGUAGUAAGUGUCGAAAUGAUAGAAGUGGCUGCAGAAUGGGACAGCAAACUUGGUUAUAUAAGUAGCCUCUGUUGGCAGCAGACACAUCACAAUUCAGGACUUUUAAUUCUUGGUGCAAACAGUGGCCGUAUUGUGCUUCUUCCUGUUUGGAUAACUGCCGAAGGUGGAGAACUACAAUUUGGAGAAAAUGUUGCUAUUUGGAAAGAUGAAGAUUUAAUUUCUGUCAAUCAAAUAGUAGUAAUGAAACAGACUGACUCACAUUACAUUGUUGUAGCUACAAAAGAUACUUACUUAAUAUCGUGUGAAGUAAUAAUUCAAGAGGCAGAUGUGAUCAUUAGAAAAAUUGGACAUACCAAGGGGCAUUAUAGUUUAUCUGCUACAGGAUUAUGUCAAAGAGGAAAUGAAGUGCCUCAUUCAAAAUUGGUUCUCACUUCACGUGAUGGUAGAACAGUGUCUUUUUCUGUAAAAUCUUCUAGCCAGAGUAUUAUUAUUGAGCAAGAAGAAAUCAUUGUGGAUGUUGAAAUAGAUAAGCUUGCUCCACAAGGCAUCUGUUGUUCUCGAAACGGAAUUUUGUUUGCUGCUCUUUAUAAUAUUCCUGUUAUGUACGAUUGCCAUGUUACAAGAGAACCAUUAAAG